GCGUCACUGAGGCUGAAGACAGCGAAUCCUCAGGACGACAGUCUGACGCAGCGGGAUGCGAGGAGAAACGACUGAAAGGAAGUGUUGUAGCCGGAAACAGAAGAGGAGGAAGAGGGCAGGAGUCCAGCUGAAGGCUCGGAAACCACCUCUUGUUUCUGGGCAAUGUCAGCUCACUGGAUAACGAAGUAUUUAUUUCAUCUGAGGCUGAGAGUUACAACAGAGAUGAAGAACCUAACGGACACAUGGCUUAACAGCACCAUGCUAAACCAACGGUCUUCAAUUAUUCCGAACGGACCGCGACCAAUGGUCAAGAAAAACCCGGACAGGAGGAGGACUCUGUGUACGUGAAUGAAGGGUGAACUGGACUGGUUAAAAGCUGCUGCUCUUGGGCGAUAGAACUCGUGAAAGUGAAAUGUCGACCGCACUAUCUCGGAGUUUACUGCGACGUUCGUCACCAUUGUUUACAUCCACCGAAGCGUCGAAGGAGCCGCGUGACACCGUUAUUUCACUGCAGAUGAAGACCCGGAGGCGUUUCACGUGUCAGCGGAGGACUUUAACCACGAGAAACUGACGGACACUCUGCCCAGUUCUUUCCUCAUAUCGCCUUUUUCACACGCGGAGAAAACACUCUGAAUUGCGUAUACCACAAGAUGCGUACAAAGUUCUUCGUCGCCCCUAUCUUGUCCCCUCCGACCACAUCUCCAUUCUGCUGGCGCCAGCAUAUCGUCCAGUUAUCUUCGGUGGCUGUGCGGGUUUGCAGAGAGACACCCACUAAUGAGGGAGAGGUGGACAUGGAGGACUGCAAUCUCCAGGUGCUCCUCUUUCUCCUGUGCAGACAAUCUUUCCCUUAGCCGAGCAUUUUCAGUCUUUAAAGUCGUGUUUUGGUGGCUAAGGGACUCCAUGUCUUUGCAGUCUCUCUCGUACCAGCUCAGAAAAUGCCCUAACUCCUUUUUGGCGCUGCACGAAGAGAGAUCACUUUUCCUGAACUACCAGAUUAGAAAACCCAGGCUGGUACCCGGUACCUGAGUGUUCCUGUCGGGUACAUUGUCAGAAAAACUGUACCUCCUUUCUUACGGAAGUUUCGGAGAGCUGGAAAUGGUCUUUGGCUCUCUUCACGGAGCCCUAUCUACUCUGAAAGACUCCUCUCCUCGUCAGAUCACCUUUUUAUGAUCUGCUAUGUUUAUAACAAAGCAAUUCAUACAGGUCAAGGUCAUCUGAAGCUUCUAGAGUCUUAGUUUGAGAGCCUGUAGGGCCACUUCCAGGGAAUGCACUACAGACUCCUCCGAUGCCAGCCCACCUUCAGCUCCUACCGACUCCUCCAAUGCCAGCCCGCCUUCAGUUCCUACAGACUCCUCCGAUGUCAGCCCGCCUUCAGCUCCUACAGACUCCUCCGAUGUCAGCCCGCCUUCAGCUCCUACAGACUCCUCCGAUGUCAGCCCGCCUUCAGCUCCUACAAACUCCUCCGAUGUCAGCCCGCCUUCAGUUCCUACAGACUCCUCCAUUGCUAGCCCGCCUUCAGCUCCUACAAACUCCUCAAUGGCAGCCCGCCUUCAGUUCCUACAGACUCCUCCGAUAUCAGCCCGCCUUCAGACUGUAAAAUGCAGUCUCCUCCGAUGUCAGCCCGCGUUCAGCUCCUACAAACUCCUCCGAUGGCAGCCCGCCUUCAGUUCCUACAGACUCCUCCGAUGUCAGCCCGCCUUCAGCUCCUACAAACUCCUCCGAUGUCAGCCCGCCUUCAGUUCCUACAGACUCCUCCAUUGCUAGCCCGCCUUCAGCUCCUACAGACUCCUCCAGCCCGCCUUGAGCUGCCGCUGUCCCCACGGUCAUUGGGUUUUGGCCAGAUUAGCACCUGGCUGACAGGCUGCCCAGCUGGUGUUGUGGUCUGCCCCAACAUCCAUCCAUUCGUGAACGACCUACGAAGAGUUCUCCUCGUUUGACUUUUUAAAGUAGUUGAGGAUUACUUGCAAAGAGUGAUGGAUCCUGCUCUCCAGCAACACUCGCUUUCACAUUUUGCAUCUUUUGCCCAAGAGACUCCAAUCAAACCAUCUCAAGUCCCACACUUGCUUCCUCAUCCGGCACCCAGGAGAGUUUUGUCUCUCCAGACUCCAGAGGAACGCAACAUGAACAUGUUGAGCCCAAACUGGCGGCAUCCAGCAGGAAUGAAAUAUCCGGCAGCUCUCGUUUCAAGUAGUUCCACGAACAUUGUUUCCCCUGUGAACUCUUUGCUAAAAGACAGACAUGGUCCUCUGAAUCCCUUUCCUCCAUCUCAUGGCCAUGUUCUGAGCAGCCCGGUUAAUGGUGCCACUCCAGCCAGGGAAAAUCUGGGCUCUCAGUACAACAUGAUACGGUUGAGCUCAGGAUAUUUCACCUCACCUCAAGUUGUUUCAGCCAGCCAAACUAAGACUCAUACCUCAGCUGAGAGAACCUUUAUUCCCACUCUAUUUAAUUCACUAUCCCCUCAGCCUGGGAAGAAUAUAACCAACCCCAACCCUUCCUGCCUCUCCAGACGGGAUCAAGGAACUGAAUCCAAGAUCCCAUCCUUUAACUCAGGAAAAAUCAAGGAUGUACCACAAAGAGAAGAUCCUAAAAAGAGCCACCACCAUGAACAGACACGUUCAAGAGAAAGCAUUAUUCCAGUGAUGGAUCUGAAUAGCACAUCCCAAAAGAGACGCAAGGAGAGGCAGCCUUGUCUUAAGAACGCCAAAAAACCUUGUCACAAAGGAAUAAACCAUGGAACAACAGAGACAAACGGACUUACUCCUGGGACCUCACCAAGAUCUUCACUGGACUGUCUGCCAUCACCAAAAAGCUCCUCGGUCUUUGAGUUGUCACCUGAAACAACAAACAGACUUCUGAAGUCUGAGCUGGCAUGCUCAGCAUCGUCAUCCACAGUCAAACCCUCGCAGUUAGACUUAGUUUGUCCACAGAAAAUGCCAUUUACAGGGGCAAAGAAAGGCUUCAUUACCACUGAGAAUAAUAUAGUGAAGUUAAGAUUAACUUCAACUCAGAGUGAAGGGAGUCCAAAGAAUCAGAAUGAGGAAAACCAAAAAAAGGACAAAUCAAGUUCUUCUAAAGUUCGUCAUAAGGAGUGCAGCAAACCUUCACAUGUCGGUUCGGUUUGUAGUAACUCCAACGCUGGCUGUAGUGUACCAGUUAAGACAGAAAGCAGAAAAUUAGAGGGCAUCUCUACAAAACCAGCAUCUAAGCCUAGUUUAAAUUCUUUGAGUUGUAGCACACCAGAACGCAGUAAAGCUAGUCGUGUACGAAAACCAGUGGUUGUCUUGGAUGACAUAGAUCAGCUCUUCACCCCUGACCCCAAUGUUUAUGUUGUCAGGCAUGCAUGUAAGGCUCCUAAGAAUAAGAUGAAAGAGCAAACAAUGAAGUCACCCACUUCAAAGAAAAGUUCCAGCUGCAGUCAAAUAGUUUCACCCAUAUUUCCUCCUGUCACACAACCUAUUCAAGCAGCGUCCUCACCAACCUCUAACCCGAUUGCCUUUUCGCCAACUGUGACUUUGGAGCGACUAAAACUGGAAGAUGGAGGCAUCAGACACAGUCCUCUCAGUUCUUCAAGAAGUCAAUCUAAGGACGAGAGUUUCAAACCUCAGCACAACCUCUACCUGAAACCUAAAACCAGUGAGGGUUUGCGUUGCUUGGAGAGCGACACAGCAGCCUCUGUGCAAGAGACUUCUCCUCCAUGCACAAAGGCUCCACCAUUAGAGGAGGAGGACAGUGAUGGGAGUAAGAAGGGGAAAGAAGAAGACUCUAUUGACGUUGAACUAGACCUUGGCCUGAGCAUUUCAUAUGACAUAGAUCCAAGCCAGAGCUCUGACAGCAGCGAGGAAGAGCCGCUAAUCUCCUUCCAGGAGAUGAUGGACCGCGUUGCGAAGCCUCCAGACACGCCACAGAAAGAAACUGUCUCGGAGCCGAGCACGCCAGGAUGCCGUAGCUCUCAGUCAAAAACGCGCCUGAUGUCAUCCUCCACAAAGCCAGGAGUCUACAAGAACAACCUGGACCAGAUGCUGAAGGAGAUAAACAGCACCAAGAAAGCAAAGGAGAUUGAAGCACAACUUCUGUCUGCCUGCAAUGAAGACCUCCUGAGGUUAGCAGAGUAUGAGGCGGCAGAGGAGAACCAGGAGGAGAUCGCCAAUGAGCACCAGGAGUUUCUGCAGCACUUCUCAUUGAUGUCUGCUGCAAUCAGAGAAAUCCCUCCAGGGGAGAUACUUUUUAACCUGGGAAGGUUUGGCCAGAUCUUUCACCAGGAUUCACUGCAGCUCAGGCAAUGCCACGUCAAUCCUCAAGGGGCCUCUCAGAAGACACUUAUUUGGUCCAGUCCUGCCCAGUUGAGACUGCACUUGAAUGUUGGUCUGUUUGAGGAAGCUUACUGUAACUCACCUUGUCCCGCUCAGGUUACCCGCUUUCUCUUCAAGAUGAUGUCGGUCCAUAGUGAAAGGAUCAUAUCCAAUAAGAUCCUACAAGCCCUUUGUGACAUCGCCUGUUCUGCUGCUUAUCAGAUAGUGAACAAUGACAACCAGAAGUUUGAAGUUUGGGUUCCCAGUUUGGCUGAUGUGACGCUGGUCUUUAUGAACAUGGGUGCUGCAUUUGUCACACUCUUCCCCUUUGAGAGUCUCCAGCCAUCAUUCACAGAGGGAGAUUUGCUAGAGGAUUUCCAUAUCAAAAGUGAGUCUCCUUCUAACAACAUUGAAGAGAUCAGUUUCCCUGAACACAACCUCACAAACAUCUUAAAGUACCUGUCUUACUGUAUGGGCCUCUGCCCUCAAGCAUACAGCAACGACGAGCUGCUGUUGCUGCUAACUGUGGUGGGAAGAAUCGGCCUCGACACACGGCUAAUCCUCCACUCCAACGUAGCAGUGAGCUGUCUGCUGUAUACAAUAAUCAACAACAUCAGUGACUGGUCUUCUGUGCUGCCGAGAGUCUGUAAAGCCCUGACUGAUUUAACAGAUGAUCAUCACAACAUGUGCCUCCUGGUUCAACUCCUUCCUGACAGUAAAUGUGGAAAAGAACUGCGCCGCCAUCUAAGCAUGUGCUUCAUCUCUAAGUUGUUGGAUGGAAAUUGCACCUAUAUCCCUGUGGAGAAAGGACUUCCGCUUGCCGAGUUGAGGCCGUAUCUUCCUCAAAUGCAACCCUCCGCCCUUCUCCGAAGUAUCCAGCAGAAAGACAAAGAGGAGGAGAUGGCAACUCAAGACCAACAGGCCUACUACUUGUGUUACAGCCUUCUGACUCUGACAAAUGAGGCUUCCAAUUUACAGGUCUUCAGACCCCAGCAGAAGGCACAGCUGCUUGUUUUGUCAUCAGAACUGGAAACUCAUGUCAAAUGUGACAUCAGAGAGAGCGAAAAAUGUCUUUACCGCAGCAAGGUGAAGGAUCUGGUAGCCAGGAUCUACACAAAGUGGCAGAUGCUCCUCCAGAGAACUAGACCUCUCAAUGGUAAGCUGUAUGAUUAUUGGCAGCCCGUGGAAACCUUCGGGAGCACUGAAGACGAUGAAGAAGCAACUUUCAUUGAAGACAAUGAAGAAACCCUAAUAAUUAAUGAGGAUGCCACUCUAAUUGCCGAAAAUAAAGAAGGAGAAAACGAAGAAACGGAGGUUAAAGAAAACCUGGAAGUAAUUGAACAUCCGGGAGACAAAGAAGACGACACAAAGGCGAGAGAAACGACAGCGACAGAGGAGCAAGUGACUGGUGACUUAAACCAAGCAAUGCCUAUGAUGCAGCCUCAAGGUGGGGAUGAGAAAAUUGAUCCCAGUCUUAAAGAAUGUACAGACACAGAGACUCAGACUGCUGAAAGGGAAAAAAUGCCACCCCCCAAUGCUGUCAUGUGAAUCUCUGUCAUGCAUAUCUUUUUUUUUCCCCUGGUUGUUGAAACCUUUUGCCUUUAAGUAAAAAUUAUUUGCACUUUUA